UUUUUUUACACUGAUUGCUUUUACACCCAUAAAGGCUGUAAAAGCAAUGAUUUUUCUCCUCUCUGGCUGCAUUCCUGCAGCCAUUGAGAAAUACUGUGUGAGCUGUGAUUGGUCACAGCUUGUCACAUGGUACAAGGCUCUUGUGAAUAGCCCUGUACCAAGUGAUCUCUGUGAUCAUUCACAGAUUUCACACGUAGUAAGCAAUGAUGUCAGAAGUGACAUCAUUGCUUACGACUUUGCAGGUGAUCACUGAUUGGCCAAUCAGUGAUCACAUGAUCGGGACGUCGUACAGAGGUCCCUCACGACGAUCGGUGUUUCACUGUGUCUGGAGGACACAGCGGGCACCGGAUCGCGGUGCUGCGCGCACAAGCAGGGUGCGAGGAGACUGUUUAUAAACGGCCAC